CACCUCACCAGCCUAAUAGCUUUUCCAGACCGACUCGGGCUUGGUGUUGGGGGACAGCCUCGCAGCCAACUCCUGGUCCCAUUCAUUCCUCUCGGGCCUCUUAAGGCCAGUCUCAUUAGGGGCUGUCCCUCCUCUCUGCUUCUGGCUCCACUUCCCCCUUCCAGAGGGAGCAGGCAGUCAAGCCUCGUGAAGUCUGCGGUGAAAGCCAGACCCUCACCCGUCCCUCUGGGCUGCACUUGGCAACGUGGACCCAGGCGCGAGGCGCGGGGUGAGGCUAGGGGCUGGGGGGUAGGAUUUGGCCGCCCGGCAGUCGUCCGGGCCGCCGGCUCAGGGCCGCUCACUUUAGGAGGAGCGGCUCCGCAGGCGCGGGACCCUCUUCGAGAGGCCGGUGGGAGCCCGGGCGCGGAGUGCGCGAGCUGGGCGUGCGGAGCGGCGCGGACCGGCCGGGAAAAAAGAUGCCCCGGCGGAGGAGCGGCGAGGCCGGCCCGUUAGUCCCGAGGAGCCGGCAGCUCCCGAGCGCCGAGAGCCCGGCAACAGAGAUACGUUCAUUAAUGUUUUUUCCAGCCGGAGUCAAACUUUUUCGGGGGUGGGGGGGGAGGCGGGGGGCGGGAGAGUUUACUCGGGCUAGGGAUAACCAGGAGCCUACUGCCCGGGAAGAUCCGGACGCAGACCGAAGCCGACCAACCAUUAGAAAGUGCAUCCAAUGGGAAUUUUUCCACUUGGGCCCUCGGCUGCGGAGUCGCGCAGACUCCCGGAGCGGCUCACCCAUCGACGCGGACUCGGGGCGGUUUCGGACGGACCCCGGCAGUCGGGGGCGUGGACUCGGCUCUCAGCGAGCUGUUAGCGGAGGGACGCACGCGGGGAGGAGCGCCUCGGCCCCUCCGCUACUGGGGAGGUCCUGGCGCCCGCCGAGGGCCGGGACCUGCGGCACCCCAGGCCACUGCUCCGCGCCUUCUAGGGUCGACCCCCUGGCACACACCCCGACCCGAUGGCCCAAGCCCUGGCACUCGGGUCAAAGCCGCCUAUGCAAUGCCACCUUGGGCCCCAAGAAACCUACACUACGGCGAGACGAUCCCUCCAGGCUGGCCGGCGGGUCUCCAAAACACAGCAGGCAACAUCCCCACACCGACCCAGACUUCUCCCUGGUUACCUUGUCCACGCUCUCCAGACCACGCUUUGAACUUUCUCACUUUUAUUUAAGAGUCCACCCGGAGAAAGAGGAAAAAAAAUCCAGAGGAGAUCCGAGUCAAUUGGAAAGAAAAAUUCUCAAAAGGGUGUCCACAGCGGCGAAAAAGCCCAGACUCUGCCGACCUUCAAACGACAACAAGGCUUUCAGGAGGGAGCGGGGAGACCACUUCCCACACGGACCUGACCAGAAACCCGGCACCCCCGGCCACGUUCCCCCUCUUUCAGGCAGAGAGAACUGCAGUCUACCGCCGGAGGCCCCCUUCCUGGUGCUGGGCAAACACUCAGGCCUUUAAAGGCCACCGCAGGCCAGCCAGCGUCUCCCCCUUCUACACCCGGUCUUCCUAGUACUUGAGAAGGCACCUCUGUGGCACAACAUUAGCCGGGUGUCUCUUCCCAACUCCUGUCCAGCCUGGCAAAUAACAGAUUGGCUUCACUGCUCUGAUCAGUAAGUCACCCAACACCUCUAGUACCCCCAACUCCUUUUAGCAGGAGCUGCCUCUCCCCUAGGGAGAACUCAAUGUGGAACUAGAUUAAAAUGAGGACUUGCCCUCCUGUUUGAGCUGUGGAACUCAACAGCACUUUCUGUUUCUGCCUGUAAAACCAAAGCUUCUGGCAAUUUCGUAAUUUUGAAGAUGGUGGGGAGGGGGGAAGAGGCUGGCAGUGGUACAGCUGUCACCCCUUAGCGACUCACUGGCUGGCACUGGGGCCGUGGCUUUGAGUGUUUACCAGCCCCUCUGUCAGAUGCUCCUGUCCGUUCACAAGGUCCUCCACCCAGAAAGAAGAGCCCCCCAACUCUGAAGAGCGCUCUGAGGGAAUCUGAGUCUCCCUGUGACCCGCAUUGGCAUGGCAGUGGGCAGGGCUGCCCACUUAUGUAACUCUGGGUUUGAUGUCCCACUCCACUACUGCUGCUGCUUUUUUAAAUCCUGAAGGGGGAAAAAAGCCCUAACCAAACACAACAGUAAACAAGUCUGCCCUGUUUAAUGUGGUUACCACCAGACAUCUGGAAAGAUGGUUUGAUCCUGGCAGCUCACAUUGUUUUCACGAGCAGCCAAAGAGAAUAUUUCGAAUGUUUGCAUUGAGACAAAUUGAUAGAGAGCCUGUGGUGAGGCAGCUACAGAUGAAAACGGUCUUGGAGCUGGGGAGGGGGACUCCUUCCCCUUCUCUCUUCUCACCCCUCUUCUGCCCUCUCCCCUCCCCCUCCUCUCCCUUCUCCUG